UCUUGGCGGGUGGACGCGGUUUGUUCUUACUCCGCCUCUGGCAGAGGCACACACGGUUCUCCGGUCCUUUGCACCGCAGGCCCCUAGCUCCCGGGCAGCUGCUCCGGUCCGCUCGCCUCCACCCGCAACAGACCCAUGGCGGAACGUGGGGAACUCGAUCUGACCGGCGCCAAACAGAACACCGGAGUGUGGCUGGUUAAGGUUCCUAAAUAUUUGUCACAGCAAUGGGCUAAAGCCCCUGGAAGAGGUGAAGUUGGGAAACUGCGGAUUGCCAAGAGUCAAGGAAGGACUGAGGUGUCAUUUACUUUGAAUGAGGAUCUUGCAAAUAUUCACGACAUUGGUGGAAAACCAGCAUCAGUCAGCACUCCUAGAGAACAUCCAUUUGUCUUACAAAGUGUUGGAGGACAGACAUUAACAGUCUUUACUGAGAGCUCAUCGGACAAACUUUCAUUGGAAGGAAUAGUGGUACAAAGAGCUGAAUGCCGACCUGCGGCCAGUGAAAACUACAUGAGAUUAAAAAGAUUGCAAAUAGAAGAAUCUUCCAAACCUGUAAGGCUAUCACAACAACUGGACAAAGUUGUGACAACCAAUUAUAAACCUGUUGCUAAUCAUCAGUAUAAUAUUGAAUAUGAAAGGAAAAAGAAAGAAGAUGGAAAACGGGCUCGAGCUGAUAAACAACACGUUUUGGACAUGCUAUUUUCGGCAUUUGAGAAACAUCAGUAUUACAAUCUUAAGGACUUGGUGGACAUCACAAAACAGCCUGUGGGGUACCUAAAGGAAAUCUUGAAAGAAAUUGGCGUUCAGAAUGUAAAAGGGACCCACAAAAACACAUGGGAGCUGAAGCCAGAGUAUAGACAUUAUCAAGGAGAAGACAAGAGCGAUUAAGAAGACUUCGCCAGCAUGCCAGCAGAACAACUAAAGGGCAGUGCGCUGAGGAAGCACCGCCAAGACUCAGAUACUUGAGUACCGUCUGUUGUAGGGGUGAAAUGACUGAACUUUAAUUUCCCUAGGUAAAUUUUUUAAACAGUAAUUCUUGUAGAGUUACUCAAGGGUUUUUUUGUUUGUUUGUUUGUUUUUUGAGGAAAAAAAUUUAUUUAUAGGCUUGUAUUAAACCUAGAUUAUUCAGAAGGGGGUGAGGGGUUGGGGGGGUUAAGAAGGUUUUUCUUUUUAAAUAUUGACUUUUAAAAUGUCAAACUAGGAAAUGUUUUCUAGAUGAGGACUCUGUCCUUGUUUUCUCUGAGGAUCUGAGGUGAUACAAAGCGGAAGUGAAUGACAAAACCAGAAAAAAACGGUCAACUACAGAAAGACUUAAAGGGAAUAAAAAACCAAAGUUCCUUAUUCUGAAAUUGUCAAAGAACAAAGCUCUCUUUAUUUAUUUUUACAGGAGAUCAUGUUUCAUAUUCACACCCAUUAAUAAAGAAGAGGGCAUUUAUGUUUGUACCUAAGAUAGCAGUUUUCAUUAUUAGCUUGCAUAUUUAACCCUCAUGUUAGUGACAUGAGAAAUGGGGAAAAUCUUGGCCAAUGAUUAUAUCUUUUACUUGCUUUUAUUUACUUUUUAAAAGAUUGAUUGUUUAAGUAAUCUCUACAUCCAGCAAGGGACUUGAACUUAUUACCCCACAAUCAAGAGUCACGUGGUCUACCAACUAAACCAACCUGGCGCCCCUCUUUUAUUUUGUUUUUAAAAGAAUCAGAAAUUAAAUAUUUUCCCAAUAAUUCAAGAUCUGUCUCUCCCAUCCAGAUUAUAAGCUUCUCAGAAACUGAUUUUGUUCCAGAAUUUUGCUUCAUACUCAGCUGGCAGAAACUGAUUGUCGCCUGAAGAAUGAUGUUGACAAACUAACGGAGGGUUGUAGGGGUGAGGCCGAUAUGUAUUAGGCACGCACAAAAACAAACCUACCCACAAACAAGACCAUGCAAGCAAACAAAGGAAGCUUUUAACAAGUUAAUUGCUUCUUGGCCUUUUGGCUAAGAUCAAGUGUAACAAAUUAAACACAAGGAAAAGUUGCUUUUCA